AUGGGCGGUGAGUCGGCGCGAGGCGCCAACGACCCCUGCCGGGCGACCAAUCAGAAGGUAUCACCGCAUCCCUCGUCACUAGUUGCCAGGCAGAGCGCCCCUGAGCAGGGGAGCGGGAGGGUUUAUUGUAGGGUCGCCCACAGCAGCCCCGCCGGGGCGUGUCGUUGCCGAAAGGGGAACUACACAGAAAGCAGGGCCCGGGCUAGACGGAAACGGAAAGGUCCAGCCCAAAAGCGAGAUGCUGCAAGCUGCACAGAAACUUUCAAAACGCCGGAAGAGCGGCUCCGAUUCGACGUGUGCCCCAAAGCAAAACCAUACGAAGAGGCCCAAACAGAGCCGCCGUGGCUAGCGGACAAAGUGAAGGAAGCACAGCAGCAUUUCCUGCCGGGCCCGGCAGCAGCAGCGCCCCCCCGGGAGAGGCGGGUCCGGGGGCGGGUCCAUGCCCCCCCCCAUCCCGGGGGCCGCUCUCCCCGCCCCCCCGCCCGGGGGUUGCGCUUCCUGGGUCAGCGCCGCGGCUGCAUCCGCGCCCGGCCCCGCUGCUGCGCCCGGCCCGGGCGGGGGGAGCCCGGGGGCCGCGCUGGGCUGGAGCCGCCCCUGGGCCGGGCAGCGCCGAGCUCCGCCGGGGGAGCAGCUGAGCCGGGGCCGGCAGGAUUUCUGAUCCCUGGGCCGGACGCGCCCUCCCGGAUGGAGCGAGGGGCAGAGCUGUGGGUCCCAGGCCCCCGGGGUGCUGAGGAGACCCCGAGAGACGCCCACACAGGUGAUGGGCCAGCAAGGGAGGCUGAGGAGGGGGAUCCCCAGCCGGAAGGGCACGAGCAAGCAGAGCCACACGGGAAGUUUCCGGGACAACCCCAGGAGAGUGAUCCGCCGAGCCCAGGUGCCUGCGAGAGCCAAUGGGAAAACCCUGCUGGGGAGAGAGACGCGGACCCAGCUCCCCGCAGGGCAGGUGACAAGGGGCUGAACGAAUCCUUGAUCCGGGCAGCAGGGACACCCUGCAGCUCUGCCCUGGCACCCCAGCCGGGGAUCUGCGCCCCAGCGAGACCUCCCGGGCCCCCGGCACCCGGGCGGCAGUACGCCUGCCCCGAGUGCGGCAAGGCCUUUGGGCAGAGCUCCCACCUGACGCAGCAUCUGCGGAUCCACACGGGCGAGCGACCCUACGUCUGCCCCGACUGUGGCCGGGCCUUCAGCGCCAGCUCCAACUUCCUGGCGCACCGGCGCACCCACACGGGCGAGAAGCCCUAUGACUGCGCCGUGUGCGGGCGCAGCUUCCGUGCCAGCUCCACCCUACAGCGGCACCGGCGGCUGCACACCGGCGAGCGCCCCUACCGCUGCGGGCACUGCGGCCGCACCUUCUCGCAGAGCUCCUCGCUGGCCAAGCACCGGCGGCUGCACACCGGCGAGCGCCCCUACCGCUGCGGCCAGUGCGGGGAGGCCUUCGCCGUGCAGUCGGGGCUGGCCGCCCACCGGAGCCGGCACACGGGCAAGCGCCCCUUCGCCUGCCCCGAUUGCGGCAAGGGCUUCCGGCGCAGCUCCGACCUGGUGCAGCACCAGCGCGCCCACACGGGCGAGCGGCCCUUCCGCUGCGGCCAGUGCGGCGCUGGCUUCAACCUGGCCUCCACCCUGGUCAACCACCAGCGUAGCCACACCGGGGAGCGGCCCUACCGCUGCCAGCGCUGCGGGGCCAGCUUCGCCCGCAGCUCCACCCUGGCGCGCCAUCAGCGGGGCCACGGGCCCGAGGGCACCGGGCAGGGCGGGAGUCACGAGGCAGAGCCCGCCACCCAGCCCACGCCCCCAGGGGAGGAGCCGGCCCCCCUGUCGGGCCCCCUGAAUCAGGGCUCCAGCCCCCUGCUCCAGCAGGACUCCCUGGGUCACAGCUCAGAGGACACCCUCACCCAGCAGGGCCCUCUGGGUAACAGCUCCGAUCCUGACCCCCAGCAGGCCCCCACGGGUCAUGGGUCAGAUCCAGCCCCCCAGCAGGGUCCCCUGAGCCAGGCCUCCAUGGGUCAUGGGUCAAAUUCUACCCCUCACCAAGGUCCCCUGAGCCAGGGCCCCACAGGUCAUGGGUCAGAUCCUACCCACCAGCAGGGUCCCCUGAGCCAGGCCCCCACGGAUCAUGGGUCAGAUCCUGCCCCCAAGCAGAACCCCCUGUGCCAGGGCACCAUGGAUCAGAGUCCAGCCCCCCAGCCUGGCACUAUGGGUCAUGGGUCAGAUCCUGCCCCCCAGCAGGGCCCCCCGGCUCGGCCCCCCGCCCUCCAGCCGGGCGAGCGCCCCUACCCGUGCCUGGUGUGUGGGAAGCGGUUCUCCCGCAGCUCCAACCUGGUGGCCCACCAGCGGAUCCAUGCGGGCGACAAGCCCUUCCGGUGCCCGGAGUGCGGGCGGGGGUUCCUGCGGGGCUCCAACCUGCGGACUCAUCGGCGGCUGCACACAGGCGAGCGCCCCUACCCCUGCCCCGAGUGCGGCAAGCGCUUCGGUGACACCUCCGUGUUGGUCAAGCACCAGCGCAUCCACACGGGCGAGCGCCCGCACCGCUGCCCCGACUGUCCCCGCCGCUUCAGCCAGGCCUCCGACCUGGUGGCCCACCGGCGGGUGCACACGGGCGAGAAGCCCUACGUCUGCGCCGAGUGCGGGCGCAGCUUCAGCCGCAGCUCCAACCUGCUGACACACCGGCGGCUGCACCGCGGCGAGCGCCCCUACCCCUGCCCCCAGUGCGGCAAGAGCUUCGGCCAGAGCUCGGACCUGCUGCAGCACCAGCGCACCCACACCGGCGAGCGCCCCUUCGCCUGCGCCCAGUGCGGCAAGGCCUUCAGCAAGGGCUCCACCCUCACCGGGCACCAGCGCAUCCACACAGGCGAGCGGCCCUUCGCUUGCACCGCCUGCUGCAAGCGCUUCCGGCACAGCUCCCACCUGACUGCCCACCUGCGGGUGCAUGCCCGGGCGCGGCCGCUGUGAGCCGGGGACCCUUGGCCUUGCCCCCCGGCCCCCUUCUGACUGCCCACCUGCGGCUGCACACCCGGGCACGGCCGCUGGGAGCUGGGGACCCCCGGCCCUGCCCCCCAGCCCCCUCCUGACUGCCCACCUGCGGCUGCACGCCCGGGCACGGUCGCUGGGAGCCGGGGACCCCCGGCCCUGCCCCCCGGCCCCCUCCUGACUGCCCACCUGCGGCUGCACGCCCAGGCGCGGCUGCUGGGAGCCGGGGACCCCCGGCCCUGCCCCCUGGACCCCUCCUGACUGCCCACCUCUGUGCACAUCCGGGAGCGGCUGAUGUGAGCCGGGGGAGCCCUGGGGGGUGCCAUGUACUGCCCCACAGCCACAUCAGAGGGUGCAUGCUCAGGAGAGGUAGCCCUGAGACACGACUCCCCCCAGCUCUGCGAGGGGAGUGUGGUCUGGUGGGUUAGAGCCGGGGUGGGGAGCUGGGAGCCAGGACUCCUGGGUUCUCACCCCAGCUCUGCGAAGGGAGUGUGGUUUGGUGGGUUAGUGUGGGGGGAUUGGGAGCCAGGAUUCCUGGGUUCUCUCCCUGGCUCUGUUUUAUAUUCUCCAAUCUUUGAGUAUAGCCUGGAUCUUAGGACUGAUUUCCCCCUCCUCUCUUGCAUUUCCCUCUGCCCCUGAGGACCUGACCCAGGGGGUUUGUCCCUGCUGGGGCUGCCCCCAACCUUGCCUUUGCUGCCUAGGGCUGCUUUUAGAGAUCGUAGGCUCCAGGCCGGAGGUGGACACGGGUGCUACGGGCCCAGGGCAGGGCCCUGCUCCUGGAAUCAGGUUAUCACGGCAGAGUCUCAGCUUGCAUUUAACAAACGGUGUCAGCUCUCCUGGAUGUGGAGAAAAGCACCCAAGUGGGACCCUGGCGCCUACCUGAGUGUGCAGAGAGCCUGACCCCGGUGCUGCGAGGGGGGGAGCUGCCCUGAGUGUGAUGGACGCAGUGACACUGCCUGAGUCUGCACAGAGCCUGAGCCUGUCACUGCGAGGGGCCUGAACUCCUCCGUUCACCCCUGCCCGGGGCACCCAGCGGAUGGGGAAGUAGCAGGAACGCGCGGAGGAGGUCCCAGGGGUGGGGAGCAGGGGCCGGCUGGACCGAAUGGUUUGCAGAGAGCGGCUGGGUGCGCAGGCCCGUGUGGCGAUUUGUGCCCAGCACCACGGCAGCUCGUUCCCCGCCGGGGAGUCCUCGCAAAGGGGGGUUUCCCGCUGCAGGGGGGGAUUCUGUUGAUUUUCCCCCUUGUGUAAAUAAAUGUGAUGAGCAGAAUUCA